AUGAACGACCAGUAUUCUCGCUUCUCUUCCUGGUACUGCAGAGAUACGUCGCAACUAACACCCGUUGACCCCUCCACCACGCGGGCAUUCACCGAAGCUGUCCAGCUCUUCAAUCAGUUGACGAAAGAUCCCAAAAAGGCGAAAGCACUCGACGAAAUCCAUGCGUCGAGCAUUGCCGAUGUUGUCUGCGCAGUUGAAAAAGCACGAGAACGCUAUGAGAGGAGGCGCUCAGACUCCAAAGCGAGGAGUUUCCUCGUUGAGGUGUCUAGACGGCUUGUCUAUUAUGGGAACGUGAUGGAUGUCAUGGUUCAGCAUCAUCCGGAGUAUGUCUCGCUCGCUUGGGGCACUAUGAAGCUACUUUGUGGAGCUGUUGUCGAGAAUGAAAAGCUGGGCAUGACUAUUGUCACUGGGCUCUGUGAAAUCGGCGAUGCCCUUCCUCGAACCGAGCUCUUCCUAGAAUUAUACCCAACCGAUGCCAUGAAGAAUGCAGUAACGUCGAUAUACACUUGGAUUUUGCGAUUCCUGACACGAGCUCUCAAAUGGUACGAAGAGGGCAAAAUCCGUCACGCUUUGAAUGCGGUCAUCAAGCCAGCUGCUUUACAGUAUGACGAUAUCAUGAGCGGGAUCCGCUGUGCAUGUCAGCUAAUGUCGCACCGUGCCUCCGCUAACAGUUUAGCCGAACAGAGAGAUAUGCACGAGAAAUUACGUGCUGUACAGGAUUCCACCACCACGACUCUCCCAGUCAUCCAAGCAGAGCAGAGGGAAACGCAUUUAAGGCUGUCCGCAUUCCAGAACCACAUGUCAUCUGCCUUGUCAAACGUCGAGCAACAGCAACGUCAAGCGAGUAAGGACGUCGCCUCCUUAACGGCCAUCGUUACACAAGUUCGGGAAAUGAUCAUUUCAGACCAAGCUGUCAACGCCGAUAUGCGGAUACAGGUCAGGAACACAAUGUCUGAAAUGCAACUGGUACAGGCUUUAGGGAUCGUCUCCGCCUCUAUCAACUUCGAUCACGUGGCGAACUUGCAGCAAUCGAUCCAGCUACGGGACAGACGGCGGUUCAAGCGGGAUCAGUAUUCUAUGGCGUUCCAGAAAUCUCCUGCCUUCAACGAAUGGAACAGCUCGGCAGAUUCGGGAAGUAUCAAGCUCACAAGCACCUUCAAAAACCGCAACAUCCUCAACGGCUCACUGACCCUCGCUAUCGAGUGCCUCCGACAGCGGCCCGUGGCCGUCCUAUUGGCUUUGCAAUGCAGGACACGGGCAUACGACCCGACGGAGAUCUUGAAGAGCCUGAUAUGCCAAGCUCUAACAUUGGACCAGGCCUCGCACAUCGAUGUGCAGUUCUCGUUCCAACUUCGCCGAUACCUCGAUGCGUACACCGAAGAGGACUAUUUCAACAUUCUAGGCGAGAUCCUGUCGCAUUUCAGACUAGUUUACAUUAUCAUUCAGCUUGAAACGGUACGGUCCGAAGCCGCCUCACGAUUCCAGCUACACCUGGACGAUUUGCUAGACAGGUUCAAAAGCCGUCCACCAGGAACCGUAUUGAAAACACUUUUGGCAGGCUCUGGCCCUUUGCUAUCGCCUCCCCCAGUAAGUGGCCAGCAUGUUCUGAGGAUUGGAGGUAAGAGGCAAUCCAAGGACUACAGAAAGAACGGCGUGUCGCUCACGCCAUUGAAACGUCGAAAGUCGCGCAAUCCAUCGCUCGAGGAUUGA